AACGUAAUACGUAGCCAUUAAGUAAUAGUUUUCUGUCAGUAAAUAAUAAACAUGUUAGUUAUUUUUUUACGAAAAGACCAACCUAGGGUCAAAUAGAGAUAUGAGAGGAAGAAGCAGAGAGAGAGGCAGGGGAUCAGGCAAAGGACACCGGAUAUGGACGAGACGGACGACACUGGGCAGAGCGUAUGAGAGACCCAUAGAGCACAACAGGCAAAGACGGGGUCUGGACAUCAGCCAGAGAAGGGAGAACAGGAAUCAGAGGAAGUUUGCUGAGUGGGGGUAUGAUGAGGGGAUGUACAAGCAAGCCACGGCCUUCUUUUUCACCAACUUCCCAGAUGAAUGGAGUUAUGCAGAGAUGUGGAAGACUUUCGGAAAAUAUGGCAGAGUAUAUGCAGUUUACAGCCCACUAAGAAAAUCUAGGAAUGGGAAAAGGUUCGGGUUUGUAAGGUUCCUCGAGGUGAAGAACCCAAAGGUUCUGGAAAGUCAAUUAGAUAAGAUAAGGAUAGAUGGAUGCAAAAUCUGGGUGAACCUAGCUAAAUACCCAGUGGAAGCUCUAGAGACGAAGGUGAGUAGGAUCCCGGUUGCAACAAGUAAAGUGGUUAAGGGGAAGUCCUAUGCUGAAGCAGUUAGAGGGCAGGAAAAGGAGGGUUCUAGGCCUGAAUGGAGAAAGAAGGAGGAAGGGGAAGCAUGGGUGGGUAUGGAGUACAAUGUUGAGGAGGAAGACCUUGAGUGGCUGCGAGACUGCUAUGUUGGAGUAGCUCACUCCGUUGAAAUAGUUCCAAUCCUCCAGGAAAGAUUUUAUAUGGAAGGAUACUUCACAUGCCGUCUAAGGGCUAUGGGAGGCAAAUUGAUAUUAUUGGACUGUGAGGAUAAGGGGGAGUUAAAAGAACUAGUUCAGGGUGCAGCCAGCUGGUUAAGCCAAUGGUUUUCAGAAAUCAAGCCAUGGUCUCCAAUAACGGUAGCAAAGGAAAGGUUUGUUUGGUUAAGGUGCCUGGGAGUCCCUUUGCAUGCGUGGGGGCCAGUGUUCUUUGAGUCAAUGGUGGCAGCAUGGGGGAAAUUUAUCAGCCUGGAUGACAAUACUAGCAAGAAAAGAAGAUUUGAUGUGGCUCGAAUCCUUAUCUCCACGUCGAUUAUGGAGUCAAUCUCAGUUAAAAGGCAGAUCAAAGUGAAUGGAGUCCUAUACAAUCUCAGGUUCACGGAAGAAGAAAUGUCCAACAGCCUAUUCUCUAUGAAAUAUGAUUUCCUGCUAAGCUUCAAGAGUGAUACUGAGGCUUCUAGCGCCGGUGAUGGUGACACGGUAGGGUCUAUACCAGACCAGGCAAGGAAGAACAAACGGGUGUCUGCAAUUCCGGUUUCCGAGGCACAUUUUGAAUUUGAAGGAGAUAUGCAAGAAGAUAUCGGUCAGAAAAAGAAGGAUACGAUCUAUUACAGCUGGAUGGGGGAAGAGGAGUCAAUUGAAGUGGUUGCAGACAGUCUACAGGAAUGCUUAGCAGGUAGUGACGUGGGAAGCAGAGAUGAAGAAGUAACUCCAGUGGCCCAACUCCAAUCUAUCAGCCCAUUCCCAUCUAAAGGUGGAGGCCCGAAUGUGGAGACCAAGGACUGUGAGACCACCGGCAGUAGCAAACAUAAUCAUCUGGAGGCACAACAGGGGAUUAGCUCUUUCAGACAUAAUUUAAAAGUCAAAAAAGGUAAAAAGAGAGUGGGAUUGUCACGGGAAGAAAGCAGGGAGGCCUCGACAGAUCUAGAAGUCGCUGAAGGGCUCGGAGGGGAGCGGAGGGAUCUGAGCGGCAAGGAAGGGAUGGCAACAAGAAGCAAACCGGACAUAAUGAAAAAGAAGAAGAAGGCAUUAUUGUGCAGAUCCGUGUAUCAAAAAGCCAACAUCCUGGGUUUGAUGAGCCUUAAGAAGAAAACCAAAAGCGGAGCAAGGCCAAAGAAAGCUCCAAGUCAAGAGUUGCCGAGCUUCAUGCCGAAUUCAAGCUAUUCCGUGGCGGGAGGGUCUGUUGGGGACAGCGGGAUUGCAAAUUGUAACAGGAUGAUUAAGGAGCAUCCCAGCCGUAGAAUUGCAGCAGAGCUGUGGGAUUUCGCGAAGCAAAUUGGGGUUACUGCAGAGGAUGAGGUUGAGACUCUUAGGAAUCUUGAAGAAAUGGAGAAAAGAGACAGAGAAGCCAAGGAAUUGGAGAUCCCGAAGACAGGGAGGAAGAAAAGACACUUGAGGGAGCUAGUUAAGAAGGAAAAGGUGGAUUUCCUAGCAAUACAAGAAACUAAACUGGGAGGGUUGGACAAUAGAAUUAGCAGAUCAGUGUGGGGAACAGAUGAGGUAGAUUGGGUAGCCAAGGAUGCGGUGGGUAUGUCGGGAGGAAUAGCUUGCUUUUGGAAUUCCAAAGUUAUUAGAGCCGCAAGAAUUCUUGAGGGAGAGCACUUUAUAGGUAUAAAAGGGUUGUGGUGCCCUAAUAAUGAACAAAUUGUAUUUAUAAAUGUUUAUUCUCCAUGUCAACUACCUAGGAAGAGAGUGCUCUGGGAAGAGUUAAGAAGACUAAUUCAGAAUGGGGGAGAAAAAAUCUGCAUUAUGGGCGACUUCAACACAGUUAGAAAGGCAGAGGAAAGAAAGGGAAGCUCAGGUGUGACCAGAGAUAUGAGAGAAUUCGACAGUUUUAUCCAGGCCAUGAAUUUGGUUGACAUGCCGUUAGUGGGUAGGAAGUUCAUAUGGUACCAAGUAAGGGGCAAUUAUAUGAGCAGAAUUGACCGGUUCUUACUCUCAGAAGGGUGGAUGUCGAAGUGGGGAGAGGCUAGGCAAUGGGGUUUGAGAAGAACUGUGUCCGAUCACUGCCUAAUUUUACUAAAACACCAGACUGUUGAGUGGGGCCCAAAGCCAUUCAGAUUCUUUGAUUCUUGGCUAGAACAAGAAGGAUGUGGUAAUCUGAUCAAAGAGGUGUGGAAUGAUACCCAAAUCCAAGGGUGGGCAGGCUUCCGACUCAAAGAAAAGUUGAAGGCAACCAAGGAAGCUUUAAGGAAGUGGAGCAAGAAUUUAAUUCCAGCUUUGGACCUCAAAGUAAAUAAUGCUUCUUCAACCAUAGCCAGAAUUGAUAUGAAGGGGGAAGUGGCGCAAUUGUCAGAGGAAGAAAUUGACAGGAGAAGAGAAGCGUUCAUUCAGAUUUGGGAGAGUCUGAAAAGUAAGGAGAGCAUGUUGCAACAGAAAUCAAGGAAAGUUUGGCUGGCUCAAGGGGAUGCCAAUACCAAGUUCUUCCACAACUGCGUGAAGGGUAGAUGGAGAAGGGCAGAAAUGAAUAGCAUACAGAUAAAAGGGGUCCAAAUUAGGGAUGCCAUCAGAGUGAAAGAGGAAAUUGCCCGAUAUUUUGAGGAAUUGUAUGCUGAGGAGAAAAAGAUUAGACCUACACUCGAUGGGCUGGCUUUCAAACAACUCACAUGGGAAGAAAAUGUAAACCUUAUCUCUCCCUUUAAUGAGGAGGAGAUAAAGAUAGUAGUAGGAGAAUGUGACAGCUCGAAGGCCCCGGGUCCAGAUGGAUUCAACUUCAGGUUUGUCAAAUCUGAAUGGGAUGUAAUUAAAGCGGAUGUGGUGAGCUUCCUGCAAGAAUUCCAGACAAAUGGCAAACUGGUGAGAGGUCUAAACACUUCUUUUACUGUCCUUGUGCCAAAAGUAGAAAAUCCAGUUCAGAUUGAGGAAUAUAGACCCAUUUCUCUUGUUGGAGUGAUGUAUAAAAUCUUGGCUAAGCUUUUAGCCAAUCGGUUGCAGGAGGUGCUUGGGAACAAAAUCGGGGAGCAACAGAUGGCUUUCCUUAAGGGAAGACAGCUGAUGGAUGGAGUAGUCAUAGCUAACGAGGUGAUUGAUGAAGCAAAAAAGAAAAGGAAGAAAGCUUUUUUGUUCAAAAUAGAUUUCGAGAAAGCUUAUGAUAAAGUAAGUUGGUCCUUUCUUGAUCACAUGAUGCAGAAGAUGGGUUUCUGUGAGAAAUGGAGGUUGUGGAUCCAAGAAUGCUUACGAUCUAGCUUGGUAUCAAUCCUAGUUAAUGGCAGCCCAAGCAGGCAAUUCAAUGUGUCAAGAGGUCUGAGGCAGGGGGACCCGUUAUCUCCGUUCCUGUUUUUGAUUAUUGCAGAGGGUUUGAAUGGGCUGGUGACAGAGGCUAUCAAAAAUGGGAAGUUAGAAGGCGUGGAGGUGGGAAAUAGAAGUUUUAGUAUUUCACACUUACAAUAUGCAGACGACACGAUUCUGUUUGGUAAGGCUACUGAAGAAAAUGUGUGGGCAAUGAAAGGAAUCUUGAGAGCAUUUGAACUAGUAUCGGGUCUCAAAAUCAACUUCAAUAAAAGCCAACUAGUGGGAAUUGGCGUGGAGGAUGAUUGGCUGAACAAAAUGUCAUGGGUCUUGUGUUGCAAAAAAGGUACUUUGCCAUUCAAGUACCUCAGUAUCACAAUUGGAGGUAGUUGCAAAAGGUUCGCUUUUUGGAAACCAAUGGUAGACAUAUUUGAAAGGAAGCUAGCUACAUGGAAAGGCAGAUAUUUAUCUCUAGGUGGCCGGAUUACGCUUAUUAACUCAGUGCUGUCAAGUCUCCCCGUCUUCUGGAUGUCGAUGUACCUGGUCCCAAAAGGUACAAUCCUUUUACUUGACAAAAUUCGUAGAAAAUUCUUGUGGGGUGGGGCUGAGAGGGAGAAGAGGAUUAACUGGGUUAAAUGGGAAAAUGUGUGUAAAGAAAAACAAUUCGGUGGUCUGGGGGUUAAAGACCUAAGGAAGUUUAACCUUGCUUUGUUAGGUAAGUGGUGGGGGAGGCUAGUGAGGGGAGAUAAUGGGCUCUGGGGUAAGGUUAUUUUUGAGAAGUACGGGAAGGUAGGGGAAUCUACUUAUAAUUGGCUGAGGGAGGGUUUCAAUUAUGGGUCUGCAUGGUGGAGGGACAUUUGUAGGUUAAGCGAUAUGGAAGGUAAUAAAAAAGGGUGGCUUGCGGAUGGUUUAGAAAUUAGAGUGGGGGACGGAAAAGAUAUGAGCUUUUGGUGGGAUGAGUGGUGUGGGGGGGUACAUAGCAAGGAUGGAAUAUACACAACAAAAUCAGCAUACCAGGCCUUGACAAGGGAUCACAGGACAGUCCAGCAGAGUCCAACAAUUAGUAAAGUUUGGCAGGAGUUCAUCCCGAGCAAAAUCUCCGUUUUUGCCUGGCAAGUGCUGCAAGAUAAGAUCCCAACUAAGAUGAACCUGUUGAAGAGGGGGAUCAUUCAAGACAUCACAGAGAGUAAGUGUGUUCUUUGUGGCUUAGCAAGUGAAGAUUCCAAUCAUCUCUUUAUUCAUUGUAAAAUUGCGUGGGAACUAUGGAAUAGUUGCUAUAGGUGGUGGGGUAGUAAGCAGGUGUUAGACAAAGAUUGUGGGAGGAUGUUUGAACAGCACCCCUUCAUAUUCAACAUUAAAGAGGUGAGGGGGGGCUGGGAAUGCAUUUGGUUCUCUGUUGUUUGGUCUAUCUGGUUAGCUAGAAAUGAAAAGCUAUUUAGAGGUAAAGAGGUAGAGGCCGGAAGAUUAUUGGAAUUGGUCCAGGUGAGGGCCUUUAAAUGGAUCAAAGGCAAAAGGAGAGGAAGCCUGUUCACCGUAUCAGACUGGAUCCUCAAUCCAGUAAGUUGCUUGAAUCCGUCCCUGGUAGUUUAAGAAGCCCAUCUCUGAUGUAAAUCUAAGGCAGUUAAAAAAGAGCCCUGCCAUUUCAAGUCACAGGGGUUCAUAGCUGGCCUGUUUUAAAUCAUGUAAAGGGUUCGGAGUACCCCCUGUACUCCAAAUCAAUGAUUUCAUUUUGC